GUGAGAAAUUAACCCCAUCAACUUUGUUUAUGUGAUUUGUUUUCCACAUUCCAUCUUAAUGUUUAUUUAGGUUUUUAAAUUAUUAUUUUAAAAAAUGUGCCUUCAAUUAAAACUAUUGGACCGAUUUAAAUUAUCAAAUCAUGUAGGAGUAAAUUUUGCUUGUGAAUAUUCAGACGAUAAUAGAUUUUUUAUCAUAAACGAUGUCGCCCUUUAUGUCCUUUCAUUUAAUGGUUCAGUUACAAAUGAACUACCUAAUUUUUUGAGCAGAAAGUAUACCUUAAUAGUCUCCGAUUUUAGCCCUUGUCUUUGUGUUGAUAUAGAUAUAAACAGUUUUUAUUUUAAUUUGCCAAAAGAAGACAUUUAUGAAAUUGUGAUGAAAGUAGAGUUAUCUAGCAAUUUAAAAAAUACAAAACCCUUAGACCCAGUUCCUUUGUGCGCGAAAUGGUCUCCUAAAGGUUUGGCGGACAACAGUGAGUGUUUUUUAGGAGUUUUAACCAAUUUGUACAGUUUAGAAAUAUAUAUGAAAUAUCUCAACCAUUUGGAAGAGGUUAAAUAUUGUAUGAUAUCGAACAUUACACAAUCAACCAUAGCAAAUGAAAAAGUUAAAUGGAGUGAUGCUAAUAGGUUUGCAAAUAAUAUAAAAUUGGAGGAAUACAAAAGAAGAAUAAGUGCUGUUACGCCUUCAGCAUUUACUUGGAGUCAUCUGAUCAAUGUUAGAGGCAUUAAUACAUGUGUUAUAUUCGUUGGACAUCUUAAUGGAGACAUAACGGCUUGGAGAUUGAGGUCAAGGAGGUAUGAUGAAGGCAAACAAAGCAGUCCUGACUUUUUAGGAAGAUACAGAACACCGUUGUCAAGAAUUACAUAUAUGCAGUGGCACGGGACCAGUAAAAAUGGAGGUGGAUUAUUCUACUCAGACAUAGAAGGUCAAAUGAACGUUGUAAAUGUCACAUAUUUAAACACAUCAGAAGCCGUUUUCGUCAAAGAAUGUUCAUUUUUAACAGAAAAGGAUAAGGUGAAAGUUGAAAAAAUUAGCGUUUUCGAGUACAAUGAGAAGACGUUUAUAUUGGUUGCUAAACAGGGAGUGCUGAUUAUUUUUGGAAUUAAUAAAAUGGGAGAUGUUUUUGACUGCUCUGUUGUAUACAUUCAGAACUAUUACAUAACAGGCCUACACUACAUAGAAAAUAAAGUAUAUGUAUUGUCCCUCCCCGGAAUUUUAACAGAACUGACAGUCGAAGUGAAGGACAACAAAAUCUGCACCACGAAAAACAUCGUAUCAUUAAAGAAUGACAUGGAAAAGUAUCGAACCCAUGGAUUUUUCUUCACAAAAACUUAUAUUUUGUUAGUUAUUAUCGCAUAUCCAUGGGAUCUGCAAAGUUUUUCCAAAUCGAGGUCUUACGUGAAUGUCUUUGUUUAUCAUAAUGUGCAGUUAAAGCCAUUUGAUUUGUUGUGGAAUAACCAAAGUGAUAGUAUGGAGGAUUAUUGGGACUGUUUCGAAACUUUAAGGAUAGUAUGUAUCAAAGAAAAACGUUUCCCUUGGCUGGGUCUGCCUAGCAACCUCAACUAUGACACACUGUCGACGACACAACUGAAAACUUUACGUUUAGUAGCGCAAUUGUCCGAAAUGGUAUUCUCAGUAAUACCAACUGUUAAAACAUACGACAUAAAACCCUUCAUUAUCCUCCACUACUUAGUAACGAUCAAAUUGGCCAUAGAACGGAUGACACGUCUGUUUAAUAAAAGAAAAGAGACCAAACUGAGCGAUUUUCAAAUGAGGAGUAUCUUCAUCCAGAAUUUUUUCCUCAAAGAGAUGGUAGCGAAGAAUAUUUUGCCAAAGGCUAAUGUUGGCAAAACGUUUAUUGACAGCAUGAUCGAAGUUAUGACAAUAGCGAACGAAUUGGAGUAUCCGGAGCCUUUGGAUUGUGUGUGGUGUGGAGACAAGAUCUUAGGUCCGGUAUGUUUUCCUCCUCACGUAGACAGCCGUUGCUGCAUUUCGAUGAUGCCGAUAUUCGUGGUAGCCGAGUACAAAUGUCCUUAUUGUAAAUCCCUGGCGCAUAAGCAAAUCGAAGAAGAACAUUCACGGAUAUAUUGCCCCUAUUGCGACGUACUUAUGGAAAGAAUUGUUAUGGCCGAUGAACAAAUUCUGGAAAAGUGCCGGCUCUUCGAAGUUGAAACGUCAAAGCAAAAGCUAGAUGUUUGUUUCGCGGAUUGUUUGAAAGAAGAGAUUGAUGUUAACGAAAUUGAAGAAAAUGAUACGGAGUAUAUUAUUUUCAGCGAUAGCGAUGAAGAGUCGUCUGACUCUAUGAAGGAACUUUAUAACGAAUUUUCAAAAGCUGGGAUCAACGACGAAGACGACUAGUUGGUGGAGUUGUUUCUUUUUAAAGGUGAAUAAUAAUUAGUGAUGUAUGGAAUGGAAUAAGCUGGUCUAUUAUUAAAAAUCGACCGAAGAAAUAUACGAAUAUCAAAACCUGAGAUGUAUAAGUUAAAAUUCUAAUACCAGAGUUUGAGAAGAUGAAAACUACUGGAAUAAUAUUAAAAUAUUACGAAAAUCAUUGUUGAACUACCAGAAUACAAAUGUGUACAGUAACAGUCGAAUUAAUACGCAAAAUGGAAUAUUAUUAAGAAAACAAUCGUUGUUAUAUUUAUUUUUAUAACUUGUGAUAAAUAUGUUUAAGAUAAA